UACUGGUGUUAUACGGGCCUUCUUCAGUAGGUAGGAAAUGACGUCGUCGAAUGAGGACUGGGUGUAUGACAGCGUCGUCGGCUUUUUGCUCUCACGACAAUGGCGAACUCCCGUUAUGAAAUUCGUGGAAGAGAACAGCUUGGUGUUUGAUCCUGACGAAGAGAACCAGCUAUCUUACACAGAAAUCCACCAGAAUUACGGAAAACUGGUAGAAUCUCUAUUGGAGAGCCAUCUAGAUGAUUUAGGCAUUUCUGCCGAGCAGUUUGUACAGUCUUGCAGCCUUGAGAGUGCACAGUCCAGCUUUCACGAGGAACUGUUUGAACUUGUCCAUUCAGCUGAUGACUAUGAACUCUUCAGACAUGUAAUGGUGCAGAAAAACAUUGAACUGGAAUUGCAAGCUCUGGAAGUUUUGCAAAGGCAAUUGGGGACAAUUCCUGACAGCAUGAGACCCAUGACGGCUGCAGAGAAAACCCCUGAAUUAGAACAAGUACAAAGACAAAAUUCCACAAUCCAGAGAAGUAAGGAAGAGGAAGAGCGUGGCUUGCAAGAGACAUUGCACAGAUUGACCAGCGAAACCCAGACUGAAGACAAACAAUUUGAGGAAAAUUUGGCUAAAGCGAUUGCCGAUUCUCAAGCCGACCGUGAUCGUACACUAGCCAAGGAACAACUUGAACAGCAGCAACUGGAAAAGGCUUUGGCAUUAUCACUAGAGGAGAUGAGACAAAAUACUACUGCUACACAACCCAGUCAACCUGUAGCAGAACAACCAAUACUUACCUCUAUGUCUUCAACAAGAUCUCACAUGUCUCAAUCUAGCAGAAAAGAAGCUUCACUUUUGUCCCAACUAGAAGGACAAAGACAUCCUGUUUCCAGUUCAAUUGCUACCUCAGAAUCAACCUCAGCUUCAGCAUCAGAAUCAGCCACCAAUUCUGCGGUCUCAGCAGCCAUGACAUCAACAUCUUCAUGUAGCAGUGUAGGUGCUGACCAAAUAAAACUACCUCAAGUAGAUAAACGGAGGAUGUUGCACACACUAGCAGGUUUACAAGGCAUACAGUGUAUACCCCAAGGGGCAAGUGGUAAUGCUGCUAGUGAAUGGCUGAAACGUGCACAAGAAGACAUUCGAGGAGGCCUAAUGACAUCUCCUGAAGGAUUAAAACUCCCAACAACUGAAAUGGACAUUGAACAACGCAAAGCAUACUUGAAUUCUAUGCGAGAGAAGCUACAAGCUUCAAGAAGGGGAGGUCGUGCCAAACAGCUACAGUCACCUCGGGAACCUAUAAGAGAGGCUUGGCAGAACCAGCCUCCAGAAGCCACACAAGAUGUCCCAACUGUGAAUCAAGACAGUGAUUUGCAACGUGCUCGAUUGCUUGCAGAAAGUCUCAGACGUGAGGUAGUCGAUGCAAAAAAUAAUGAGAAAUAGUUCAAUGUGUUGUGACUGUUUCUUAGUCAACUUGUACUUACAACGCAAAAAAAGAGUACUGUCCCA